GGACGAGCAGAGCAGGAGGAAAACAGACGUUCAGCGUUCGCGGCAGCUAAUCGGAGGGUUCUUCACUUCUCUCCCCCGCCGGUCAUGGGCCUGACCAAGCAGUACCUGCGCUACGUUCCCGGCGCCGUCUUUGGCGUGAUCGGCAGUCAGAAAGCCAACGUCCGCUACGUGUCCCUGCGAGGAGGAGAGAAGGGACGCUACGUCGCCGUGGCCGCCUGCGAGCACGUCUUCAUCUGGGACGUCCGCAAGGGAGAGAAGGUCCUCAUCCUGCAGGGUCAGAAGCAUGAGGUGACCUUCCUGUGUCCGUCCCCCGACGGGGUCCACCUCGCCGUGGGGUACGAGGACGGCGCCAUCAGGAUCUUCAGCCUGCUCAGCGGCGAGAGCGACGUGUCCUUCAACGGCCACCGGUCCGCGGUGAGCGUGGUCCGGUACGACGCGCUGGGAGCCCGGCUGGUCUCCGGGUCCAAGGACACCGACGUGAUCGUGUGGGACGUCAUCAACGAGUGCGGGCUGUACCGGCUCAGAGGACACAAGGACGUCGUGACUCAAGUCCUGUUCCUCAGGGACAGAAACCUCCUGGUCACAUGCUCUAAGGACAGCUUUGUGAAGUGGUGGGAUCUGGACACUCAGCACUGCUUCAAGACCAUGGUGGGCCACCGCAGCGAGGUGUGGGGCAUGGUGCUGCUGAACCAGGAGAGCCGGCUGCUCACGGGCUCAGCAGACAGCGAGCUGCGAGCCUGGGACAUGGACUUCCUGGACGAGGGACGAGCUCAGGGUGAGCCAGAAGGGAAGCGAGGGAAAACCCAGCUGGGUCACGACGGCGAUGAGGAGGAGGAGCCAGAGGAAGAGGACGGAGGUGUGGAGGAGCGCAUCCUGAGCUGUAAAAAGGCCGGCUCCAUCCUGAGGGAGGCCAGAGACCGGGUGGUUUCCAUGACAACAGACAGCAGGGCCGGGGUCAUCGCCUGCCAUGGCAGCGACUCGGUCCUGGAGCUCUUCACCGUGCUGUCCGAGGACCAGGUCAGCAAGAAAAUGGCGAAGAAGCUGAGAAAGGCCAAAAAGAAAGCAGCCAGAGCUGAGGACGGCGCCGCCGGGGAGCCGAUGGUGGAGCGGACGCUGGGGGACGAGAUCAUCAAACUGACCAACAUCAAGGCUUCCUCUAAAAUCAGGUGGGUGGACUGCCUGUCCUGUGCGGGCGGCGAGCUGAAGGUGGCGCUGCUGCUGCAGAACAACACAGUGGAGACCUACAGCCUGAAGAUGGCGGACCAGACCCCCGCAGCCACCAAGACCUCCCGCCUGACGCUGGGCGGCCACCGCAGCGACGUGCGCACGCUGGCCUUCAGCUCCGACGGCCUGGCCGUCCUGUCCGCCUCCGGGGACGCCGUCAAAGUGUGGAACAGGUCCACGCUGCAGGUGGUCCGCACCAUGGCCUGCGACUACGCCCUCUGCUCGCUGUUCGUUCCUGGAGACAGACAGAUCGUCCUGGGGACCAAGAGCGGGAAGCUGCAGAUCUUCGAGCUGGCCUCAGGAAGCCUCUUGGAGACGGUGAAUGCUCAUGAUGGAGCCCUGUGGUCCCUGUCCUUAGCCCCGGACCAGAGAGGAGUCGUCACUGGAGGUGCAGACAAGACGGUGAAGUUCUGGGACUUUGAGCUGAUUAAAGACAAAGAGAGCAGCCAGAAGAGGCUGACGCUGAAACACACUCGCACCCUGCAGCUGGAGGAGGACGUUCUGUGUGUGAGGUUCUCUCCGGAUCACCGGCUGCUGGCUGUGUCUCUGCUGGACUGCACCGUCAAGGUCUUCUACACCGACACUCUGAAGUUCUUCCUGUCUCUGUAUGGACACAAGCUGCCUGUCCUCUGCCUGGACAUCUCUCAUGACAGCACGCUGGUGGCCACUGGCUCUGCAGACAGAAACGUGAAGAUCUGGGGUCUGGACUUCGGGGACUGCCACCGCUCCCUGUUUGCUCAUGACGACAGUGUCAUGUCCCUCCAGUUCGUCCCCAAGACCCACCUGUUCUUCACGGCGGGGAAGGACAAGAAGAUCAAGCAGUGGGACGCCGACACGUUCCAGCACGUCCAGACGCUGGAGGGCCACCACCGGGAGGUCUGGAGUCUGGCCGUCAGCCCCAGCGGAGACCACCUGGUCUCGUCGUCUCACGACAAGUCUCUGCGUCUGUGGGAGCGGACCCGGGAGCCCCUGGUCCUGGAGGACGAGCGGGAGAUGGAGCGGGAGGCGGAGUUUGAGGACAGCGUGUCCAGAGACGACCUGCCUGUGGUUCCGGGCGAGGCUCCGGGCGAGGCGGGUCCAGCAGGGAGGAAGAGUCUGGAGACGGUCAAAGCGGCGGAGCGGAUCAUGGAGGCUCUGGAGCUCCACCAGGACGAGACCCGGAGGCUGGAGGAGCACCGCCUGGCCUGUGAGCACGCCGGCAGAGAGCUCCCUGGUCCAGAGCCCAGCCCCGUCCUCCUGGCCUCCGGGGACGUCUCACCGGAGCGCUACGUCCUGGACGUCCUCAGGAAGGUCCGGUCCAGCGAGCUGGAGGUGUCCCUGCUGGUCCUGCCCUUCCCCUUCGUCCCCCAGCUGCUGCAGCUCUUCAGCAGCUGGGUCCAGCAGGGCCUGGAGGUGGAGCUGGUCUGCCGCUGCCUCUUCUUCCUGCUCAGGAUCCACUUCGGUCAGAUCUCCAGUAACCAGAUGCUGCUGCCGGUCCUGGAGCAGCUGAGGAGCAACACGCUGUCCAGAGUCCAGCAGAUCAGGGACGUGCUGGGCUUCAACAGCGCCGCCCUGCAGUUCCUGCAGAGGGCGCUGCAGAGCAGGGAGGAGGUGCAGUUCUUCUCCGAGGCCGCCGGCCGCCUGGCGGAGAGGAGGAGGAAGAGGAGGAGGAGGGACCGGGCCGUCCUCACCGUGGCCUGAAGGACAGGGACUCCAGACCUCCUGGAUGAACCAGGUCCAGGUCCCCGUCUGCAUUCCCAGAAGGUCCACAUGAGCUCCAGACCACCUGCUGCUCCCCAGACCCCCCAAGACCUGGACAGAGCAGUGCCCCGGGCCUGAGGGGACCGUCCCAGACCCUGUCCUGUAUUUGUUUCUCUCUCUCUCUCUCUCUCUCUCUCUCUCUCUCUCUCACACACACCCUUCCCGCUGUGUUCCCUGUUGGACUGAUAAAUGAAGCGUCCUCACACCUCUGGCUCCGCCUCCUCUUUAAUGCUGCUGCAGACCUGAGGCUCCGGCGGCGCACCGUGAACCUCUCAAGGCCUCAGUAUGCUCCCCCGUCGCCGCCACGGCGUCCCUACGCCGGCAUCCCUACGCGGCGUCCCUACGCCGGCGUCCCUACGCGGCGUCCCUACGCCGGCGUCCCUACGCGGCGUCCCUACGCCGGCGUCCCUACGCCGGCACUGAGCAUAUCCUGCUUCUGCGUCAAGGGAACGCCCUCCUCUGCCAAGCCACUAGCAGUCACAACAACAAUGCGGCUUCCGCAGCUCCGGCUUUACCCAGACAUAGAUCUGUAGACAUAGAUUUCUAGACGUACGUAUCUAGACACACUGCACUGACCGAACAUAUAUCUGCAUAUAUGACAUAUCUGGACCCGGGCUGUGGAGGAGGAGAGGCUGAGGGACCAGGAGGACAUGUUGGUGAAACUAAUGAGCUUUUGGACGAUUAAAGCCGUUUUAGGAGCGGCUAUACACGUAGCCCUAUGCUAACAGUGCUAACAGUACAGGGAUGUGUGCCGCUCAGUUUUGGAUCAAAAUUUCUCCCGACGCACUGUUCAGAUCAGAAAAGCAUUCUGGGUGAGUUCUACUUCAUUCUAUAAACAACGUGAAAGCGGACCAAUCACAGCCCUCAACGCUCACGGCACCACGCGUCGCCUCGACGCGAAGUUACGAUUUUUGGGAGGCGCACGUCAAGCCCCGGCGUAGCCUGACGACCCCUGACCCCCGACCCGCUGACCCCUGACCUCCGACCCCUGACCCCUGCCGCUCAGCUUGUGUAGCAAACCUCCACAUGAAGCCGUCUAUCGUCACUUUGAGCCGUUCUCUAGCCGCGGGGCUUUGGGGGUUUUCCAGUCUCAGGAGGACUCCAGCUGAUAUCGUGACCGAAACAGAGUUCUGGUGUGGAUUCUCCAGCUCUCUGUCCUCUGUCCCCCGGAAACAGUCCUGGGCUGAGGGGACGGUUCUACCCUCCAAGCCUCCAGAACACAGCAACCAUCCAGAGCGUUAGGAAUGUCCCUGGAACACCACACCAAUCAGCUUGUGAAAAACUGUUUUUUCCAAAUUCGGAAUAUAGCUAAACUUCGCAAAGUGGUGUCCUUCAAAGAGUUGGAGAUGAGUGUACAUGCGUUUGUUUCAUCGCGCCUCGACUAUUGUAACAGCCUGUUCACUUGUCUCAACAAGAAUGAACUGGCGCACCUUCAAGUAGUCCAGAACUCCGCUGCACGGCUCCUGACCCGCACUCGUAGGAGAGCCCACAUCAGUCCAGUUCUGAAGGACCUGCACUGGCUCCCUGUUUCAUUCAGGAUAAACUUUAAAAUCCUGGUCUUGACGUUUCGGGCUCUGCACGGGCAGACACCGGACUACAUCAGGGGCCUGAUCCAGCCCUAUGUUUCCAUUCGCUGCUUGAGGUCCUCCAACCAAAACCUGCUAAUGGUUCCCCACACAUGUUUUAAACCUGGUGGGGAUAGAUCAUUUAAGGCAGCGGCACCGCGUCUCUGGAACGAGCUUCCCUGCUCGCUCAGGUCUCUGGACAAUGUUGAUUCUUUUAAAAAGAGCUAAAGACCUUUCUCUUUGAACAAGCCUUUUAUCCUGCAUUGUUCUGUUUUAUCUUGUAUAUAUUUGUUGUUAUAGUGAUUGUAUUUUGUCUGGAUUAUUUUUAUGUGAAGCACUUUGUGACCCUGGUCUGGGAAAA